AUGAAACGGCUGGCUGAGCAGCAAGAACUAGAGAGAAAGCAGCUGGAAUUGGAGAGGAAACAGUUGGAACUUCAGAAGAAGCACUCGCAGGAGAAAUUCGAUCUGGAAGAGACGUUAGCGGAAGAGGAAGACAAUCGUAGUGUCAGAAGCCGCGUGAUCGAGAUUGAGUCUCGAGAGAAGCAGGUAUCCACAUGGAUUGAUCAGCAUACCCCCGCAACCAACCAACCGGUCGUCCCAGCUUCGCAUGUAGCAGCGCUUACUGAGCUUCCACAGCCGAUGCAGCCGCUGAUCAACAAUCUACCGGAUGAGGAACAAGGAGCUGUAGGAGGAUAUCAUUGUUUGAGACAGCCAGACCUCCAGAAAGCUACCACGCCCACCGAUGAAGUGACGAUCGAGCGAGCUGUGCAAUCAGGUUUUCAACGACUGCAGCAGCAGCUGGCACAGUGCCAACAACAGCCAGAACCGACACUUGCACAGAUUCAAGAUCUGGAGGCACAAUUGCAGAGAUUUCGGAUUCAACUACAGCAGCGAAACCAGUCAACUCCUCUCAAGCUACCUGUGCCAAGCACGAGUAAAGGUGCGAUUCCCAAAGCGCAAUGUAUAACGCAGACGAACAGGACGCGAGAACCAGUUGAGAAGCAGACAGAUCCUCUUGUAGAUCAGCACGGCAGAGACACUGUUCCUCUAGCUAAAUCAGUUCCGAUGGCAGCUCCAUUAGAGCAAUCGCGACAGGUAAUAUUCUCGAAUCGUUCUGCCAGCAAUCUGAUUUCAAACGAGCAACCGCGUUCCCAUCAAGCGCGAUCGGAUCUUCUUCCACAUGAAACAGAUUCAUACGAGCAGCCGCGUACGCUUCACGCGCCCUCGAACAUUCUUCCUCCAGGAUCGGAUCCAUUCAGACAGCAGCACUCGGCGCAGUUCAACUACUACGAUGCUCCAGGCAAUUCGAGCUCACUUGCGCAGCCGCAGGUCUAUUCUGCACCGUCGAGUUUCCCAGCUGUAUUACCGACCGCCGUUCUACGUCGACCAUCCCAAGAACAACUCGCUGCAAGACAGGUGAUGCCACGCGAUCUGCCCGAGUUCUCAGGUGACCCAGAAGAAUGGCCGAUAUUCUUUAGCAGUUUCACUAACUCCACGGCCGCUUGUGGGUUCAGUAAUGUGGAGAAUCUCGCCCGCCUGCAACGCUGCCUGAAAGGUAGCGCCUUGAAGUCAGUGCGAUACUAUCUCCUAUCACCUGACUCCGUUCCGGAUGUGAUGGACACACUACGAACGUUGUAUGGACGCCCGGAGGUUAUUAUCAACAGGCUUAUUCGAACCGUGCGCGAGACGCCAAAUCCCAAGUCCGAGAGAUUGGACUCCCUAAUUGACUUCGGAAUGUCCGUCAGAAACCUGACCCAACAUCUGGUUGCAGCCGGCCAGCAAGCGCACCUGGCGAACCCGGCGCUGCUUCAAGAAUUAGUUGAAAAACUACCAGCCAACGUGAAACUGCAGUGGGCGCAGCAUUUGUCAUUUCGCCCUGAUGCAAGUUUGCGGAAUUUUAGCGAUUUUAUGUCAACAAUAGUUGAGUCGGUUAGCAAAGUGGUUAUUUUUUCCGGCGGACAGCAGGACAAGUCGCGGAGCAAAGACAAAAGUUUCGUCCAUGCACACGCUGAGCAACCAACAUCGGGUAACGCAGUGAAAGACAAAACGGAGCAGGAUAAAGUUUGUCUAUUCUGCGGAAAAGCUGGUCAUCGGAUGAAAGACUGCACUAAGUUCCAAAAACUCGCAGUGGACGAUCGAUGGAAAAAUGUGCAGAUGCUGAAGGUUUGCAGAACUUGUCUUAAUCUACACGGGCGACGCACGUGCCGCAUUUCAAGUCGAUGUGGGAUAGACGGUUGCCAAUUCCGUCACCAUCAACUGCUACACCAGAAGAGCGAAGAAAUCACCAAGAAGACGCCGGAAGUCAGGAGGACAGAAGAUCAUGCACACCACCAUCAUGAGCAGUCCAUUCUGUUCCGCAUCAUUCCCAUAAAAAUCCAUGGGGCUACAAAAUCCGUCAAUGCGUUUGCCUUUUUGGACGAAGGCUCUUCCGCAACGCUCGUCGAGCGCAGCUUAGCUGAAGAACUUGGGAUUGAAGGUCCAAACGUCCCGCUCUGUCUCAAGUGGACGGCAAAUAUGACAAGAAACGAGGAAGAAUCGCAGGUAGUAUCAUUGGAGGUAUCUGGAGUUGAUCAGAAGAAUCGGCUCCACCUAGUGAACGUCCGCACCGUAGAAAGUUUGAACCUACCAACUCAAACGCUCCGCUUCGAUGAACUUCAAAAGGACCACCCUCAUCUGAAAGGGCUUCCAAUCCAUAACUACGAGAACGCUACUCCUAAGCUUCUUGUAGGCCUUCGAAAUUUGCAGUUUGCAGUACCGCUGAAAGUCAAACAAGGACGAAGCGGUGUCAUAGCGACCAAAACGCGUUUGGGAUGGUGCGUAUACGGCAGUCUGGACGAGGUUGAAAACAACGCGGAGUUCAGCUACCACGUGUGUGAAUGUGAAGCCGAAGAGAAGCUGGAGCAACUAGUUAAAGAAUACUUCAAUGCUGAAGACUGUGGAGUACGCCAUCAGGAUAUCCUGGAGUCCGAUGCCGAAACGCGAGCACGGAAGAUCAUGGAAGCGACGACACGCAGGAUAGGAAACCGUUUUGAAACCGGGCUUGUGUGGAAGACAGACAUCGUGGAGUUUCCUGACAGCUUUCCGAUGGCGUUACGCCGUCUGCAGUGCCUCGAGAGGCGCAUGGAUAAAGACCCACUUCUAAAGGAGAACAUCCACCGUCAAGUGCAGGAAUACCAAGAAAAGGGCUUUGCACACCUAGCAACAGAAGACGAGCUUGCCGAGGCAGAUCCCAGGCGGAUCUGGUAUCUUCCGUUAGGAGCAGUCUACAACCCCAAAAAACCGGGGAAGGUGCGAUUAAUCUGGGACGCAGCGGCAAAAGUAGACGGGAUCUCGUUGAACUCCCUUCUGCUACCCGGCCCGGACCUUCUCGUAUCGUUGGUAUCGGUGCAGUUUCUUUUCCGUCAAUAUCCAGUCGCCGUCAGUGGAGACAUCAAAGAGAUGUUCCACCAGACGAGAGUUAUCGAACGUGACCGACCUUCUCAAAGCUUCCUGUUCCGCAGCAACCCGUUACAAAAGCCAGACGUCUAUAUAAUGGACGUGUUAACCUUCGGAGCAGCCAGUUCUCCAACGUCAGCUCAAUUCGUUAAGAACCGAAAUGCACAGAAGUUUGCCGACGAGUUCCCGAGAGCUGCUGAUGCCAUAAUCAAACGGCAUUACGUCGACGAUUAUCUCGACAGGCAGUACUGGAUCACUUGGGAGAAGCUCCGAAGCAGGAAACGAUAG